AUGGAUAUGAAUAUGGAUCAUUCUAGUCAUGGUGCGAUUGAUGAAUCGACACCUUGGAAUGCUAAUAUACCCUACGCAGGUGCUUUAGCUGGCGUCAUUUCAGGCCUUACGUUUGUACUUUUUCUACGACAUGUAGCCCAAUCUAUUACAUACAUUCGCCACUCGUCAUUUUUCGGCAAAUACAACCGAUUGGAACGCUAUGUCGUCAACAAGUGCAGCUACACGCUCAAUUUGGGUAGCAGCCGAUCUCGUCUUACACCUGUAUUACCACCUGUUGGUGCUAUUUUGUUGAUUCUCGCAUUGGUGACCACGGCUGUACCUUUAUUAUUGGUUCAAACGGAUUUAGCUAUCAAUUCAAAUCGUGCAGGCUUUUUGGCGAUUUCGAUUGUUCCAUUCAUGUUGGCGUCGACUGGCAAAAACUCGGCUAUGGCAUUGUUGACAGGCAUCUCACACGUGAAACUCAACUUUUUACAUCGCACCUUGGCAACAGCCAUUGUUGUGUUGGCAACAGUACACAUGGCCUACAUGCUUGAAAAUUGGUCAAGAUUCUCAUGGUUCCUGAAAGAAAAACUUGCCACUGAAAAGGUGCAGCAUGGUCUUGCUGGCUAUGGUUGCCUAUGUUUUGUCUUUGUCACAAGCUUAUAUCCCAUCAGACGCUACUGCCAUGAGCUAUUCCUCGUCACCCACCUUGUCGGCUUUGGAUUUUUGGGCGCUAUUGCCAAGCAUACACCUUAUGCAAUGCGUUACUUUUUUGCGGGCUUGCUAUGUUACUGCGUCAAUGCACUUACAGGCUGGUUUGUAAAGUCGCGUAUUGGUCGUGCACGUGUUGAAGUGCUCCCACAUGGUUGUACACGCUUGUCAUUACGUCUUUCAAGUCCUAUCACCCACCGUCCUGGUCAACAUGUUUACAUCAGCUUGCCCAAGGUAUCCUAUGUCCAAUGGCAUCCAUUCACCAUCACCAGUGUACACCGCAAAACGGAAGACAAUGCAUGUGACAUGAUUGAAAUGUAUGCAUGUGUACGUGGCAACUUUACUCGCAAGCUAUACAAACUCGCUCAACAAGGUGAAGAAUGGCCCGCAUUUAUUGCUGGUCCUUAUGGCAACGGAUCACCUGAUUUGGAUCCCACUGAAAUGCUCACUCAUCAUGAUACCUUGUUGCUCAUGGGUGCUGGUGCUGGCGUCACAUUCCCUAUGCGACUUGUACGUGAGCUUGGCUUGACACUAUUGGAAGGUGGCAUGAUGACCCAACAACAAUCGAUUCGCUCCAAGGACAUUUACUUUGCUUGGUCCGUACGUCAUGUUGGUGAGCUUGAAUGGUUUUAUGCCGAGUUGCAGCAACUCCUUGUGGAUUUUGAACAUGCUCGCAAACGAAUGCAACUCAAAUAUGACUUGCCACAUGUCCAUGUUCUUUUGUAUGUGACCGAAACGAACAAGCAAGGCGCUGACAACAUCAUUGAAUUGCCUACUCCCCCUACUGAGAAAGCCGCAUCAUUGGAUGGUGAAGGUAGUCGCAUGUUUUCCAAUGUGGAUGAUGAUCACGUGCAAGAUGAAGAUGCCCCCAAGCCUCGUGUGGUGUUUGGAUCUCGCAUGGAUGUUCGUGCUUUAUUCAAGGAAGCUGGUGGACGUGAACCUGGCAUCUUUGCAUGUGGUCCUGCCAGCUUUAAUGCAAGCAUCAAAAACGCCGUGGCGUCUGCUACACGACCUGGAUACCUUCCACAUUUGCAUUGCGAGGAGUUCCAAUACUAG